AUGGCGACUCCAUCUGAUCACGUGUUACUCCGUCCUUUCAACGAUGUGACAAAAUGGGCCAAGCUUGCGCUUUCGCAGGCCAGUGGGCAAGACUACCAACAGACGUCACUCAACCAAUCUUCCCAGUCUCUAUUGAGAGAAGGAGAACGAGCUUUGCGACGCCUGGUACCUUUACUUACGGUUUCGUCUCCUCAAUUGACUGAAUUCCUGAGAUAUCUGACUUUACGCCAUGAAGAUGUCAUUUGUCAAGUUCGAUCGAUUGACAUCUUGCUCUACGAUUUUGAGGAUUUUAUUGAGCCGCAGACGUUUGAUAAGGCCAAGUUUGACGAGCUACAGGCUGCGACGAAGGAGUUGGCUAUUACUCUUGUAGAAGAGAUUACACGGUUUACAACAAAGUCGGCUCUGGAAUCAUCACCGGCCCCCUCAAAAUUUCCACCUCUUCCGCCUCUUCCACAACUUACUAGUCCCUCCGAUGUGGCUAGAUCCGGCUCUCAAAUGUCCAUGCGGCCUGGGAGAUCGGGCUCCAGUCUUGGUAUACAUCAGCAACGACCGUCCUUUGUCGGUGGUUCUGAACAGCGCGAUAGAUCUCACUCUGGGGGACGUGCUUUGAGAAAUGCUGAUUAUUCUACGACACGGUCACCAAUUUCGCCAAGCGGGCUCGCUUCCCCAGUCUCCUUGCCUCUGUCAAGCAAAUACGCGACUCCAGAGCAAGACGGCCAAGCCUACCGCUAUAUCCAGGCUCACCGACGACAAGACAGUGAUUCAGGUGCGAUUUCAAACAGUUUGCAAGGUCUAGAUAUUGGAGCUAUAACUCCUCCAGGCUCAAUUGCAUUGUCCCCCAAGUCAACAGGCUACCAGAACGUAAUCGACCAAAACACUAGAGGCUCCUUCGGUUAUAAUCAUCAGGAUACUCCUCCACCAUCCGUGACUACUGAGCCAGUUUCGCAGCCGGAUUGGCCUACGGUCAUUGACCAACAAUCAGCUGCUGUCCCACGCCCUGUAUCUGUAACAGCCUCCCAAUGUACUAGCCCAGAAUACCGGAAUUCUGGGUCCUACAAACCAUCUGCAGCGUUUCCUGAGCAUCAACAAUUGUCCAUCAUCACACAAGGGUUAGCGCCAUCCAUACGAUCAGACGGAAGCGGCGCUUCAGGUUCCAAAGCAGUAUCAACAUCUUCUAGCUCUAUGAGGAAGGAUUCUGUCUCUGUGAAAAGCGUUCACUCUCAACAGACCUAUGAGAUCGGGUCAGACAGCUCUCUAGCCCUAAUGGGUGGGCUAUGUAAAGGAGCUCGAGCUUUUGCCUCUGGAGGUCCCGGACAGGCCAUCAAAAGGAUUGGAGGCGGUUCGGACGAACCAACUGCACAGUGUCUUCAUUGUGAGUACAAGACUCCCUACUCCCAUUUGCGCCAGGACAUGGAUCAAGAUCCAUUGGCCAGCCAGCAAACGAGAGGGAUUCUUCACCGUCCGCGCUUCCUAUUUAAAUCCCAUAUUGCAGUCCGAAACGUCAACUCGGUGUACUUUGGCUGUCUCUUUUGUGACAAGACCAAGUCUACUCUCCAGGAAGACGACGCUACCGUUUUUCAGUCAAUCGAUCUCCUCUUUCGGCACAUUUCUCGGCAUACUCAUCCCUUGCCGCAUGUUUCAGGUGUGGAAGUAGUCUACGAAAAUAGCGAUAUAAACUCACGAGGGCGCCAAGACUGCGAUUUAUAUUUCCCAAACUCUACCAUGACUGCUCUGAACGGCAUGUUCAGAGCAAACGACUCAGCCCGACUCGCAUCGUUACCCGUCGCCCGGGCCUUGAAAGACCAUAUCAGACGAAGCAAUGAGAAGCCGCAAGCAAGACCUGAUACAACCUCGGAGAUUCUACAGUUCGUUUCAGGGGCGAGGAUAAUCGGCGUCGAGUUCCCGGAGAAGUGGGACGGGAAGUGGUGCCAGGGCUGGCACGACGGGGUAUUCGGAACAUUUCCAAGUAAAUUGAUCAGCCUGGAUAUGCCACGGCAUGUCAAGAUCGCUUCCUUACCGAACACGCCACGAACUGGGGUAGCAAGGUGGAAAUUUGAGAAGCAAAGGCAGCCUGGCUGGCUGGCUCUCAAGAAAGGCGAUAUUAUCUACAACCUUGCUUGGGAGGAUCCGCAUGCAUGGUUCUGGAGUGGUUCGAAUUCCAAGAGAGAGUAUGGGAUAUUUCCUAGGUCUCAUAUCUUGAUAGAGUCUAUAAAAGACGGGUCGCUCAGUCAUGAGGAUCAAAGACAUCGUCUAAAAGAAAAGACGCGCUUUGGUGGCUUGUUUACUAAGUAUAAGUGA